AUGAAGUUUUUUGUUCCUUCUGGAAGAGCUGUCAGCUCUGGGGAGCUGCUGUGGGCUUCAGGUGUGAAUGCCAGGGCUGGGGGCUCAGUGCCUGGUGGAGAUAACACAACACCGGGGUUUUCUGGGACAAACAACUUGGUGGCUGCUCCAGCAGCUGUGAGUCCAGCAGCUCCUGUGGCACUGGCAUUGUCCCAUGGGGGCCACACAUGUGGCCCUUCCCAGGCCUGUCGUGCUGUGCCACGUUUGCUUUUGGUCGGCUUUAUAAAGAGGAGGUGCAGGAGCUUCCUCUGCUCCUUCCCAGACUCUGCCCCCAGCACAGCCUUUGCUAUGGAUGGCUUGAAUGUCUCCAUUGCUUUUUUUUUCCUGGUUUUUGGGGUGUGCCAGGUGCUCAGGUGGCUUUCCAAGAGGCUCCUGUCCCCCGGGACACAUGGCUGCCUUGCCAGGGAAUUUGCUGGCUCGUUCCAGCUGUGCAUGAGCUGCCUGGAGCUGAGGAUGCUGAUGGACAUUGGCCCCUGGAGUGGUGGCUUUGGCCUGGACGUGGUCCUGACCCUCCUCUUCCUCCUCUCCGCUGUCCACGGCGCCUCUUUGGAUGGAGCAUCCGCCAACCCAACGGUGUCCCUGCAGGAGUUCCUGCUCCUGGAGUCCAGCCUGGCAGCCACAGCAGCCAAGCUGCUGGCCCAGGGUGUGGGUGCAGGGACAGGCGGGGCUGUCACCCGGCUCUACUGGUCCUGGGAGCUGACACAGCUGCACUUCAUCCAGAGCCUGAUCGCUCCCGAGUGCAGCUCCUCCAUCCGCACCUCCCUGCCCCACGCUGCCUUCGUGGAGGGCUCCUGCUCCUUCCUCUUCCACCUCAUCCUCCUCAAGGUGCGACAGAGUCACCCCCUGUACCGGGUCCCUGCGCUGGCAGCCACUGUCACCUUCCUGACCUACACAGCUGGACCAUACACGGGGGCCUUCUUCAACCCUGCCCUGGCCACAGCCACCACCUUCCAUUGCUCAGGGAGCAGCUUCUGGGACUACAUCCAGGUCUACUGGCUGGGGCCCCUCGCAGGGAUGCUCGCUGCCCUCCUGCUGUUCCAAGGCAACAUCCCACGCCUCUUCCAGAAAAACCUCCUCUACAGCCAGAAGAGCAAAUACAAGGUGCCCAAGGCAAAGGUGACAGCGCAGGUGGACGGUGACAAACCACAGAAGAAGAGGAAAGGAGGGAAGAGCAACUCGGAGCCCCGUGCCUGAGCCCAGGGGUGGUGGCAGCCCUUUUCCUUGGAAAGGGUUUCUCGGUGUGGAGAAUUUUGCAGCUCGUUCAGCCCUUAAAGAAUCACAAAGGAGUCUUGCAGGAUGCCUGAGCUCCUAAGUUCCUUUGGGAAUUGCUUUGAAAGCCUCCCUGGAGAGCCCGAAAUGUUUCAAGCCCACACUGCUGGCUCAGAGAGAAAACACGGAACACUUUUGCAUAAAUUGCUGGCUGUCUUGUACUGCCAGGAAUCCACAGAGAGCUGGGACCGUUCCACGGGCAGGCCUGAGCAGCCCGGGGCUAUUGCACCGUGCAGUGCCUGCAAUAACCCCACUGGGUCUCUUGCAGCCCUAAAAACAAAGUAUAAGCCAGUAACUGCCUUGGGCACUUGGGAUGGGGAGGAAACAGGCUUUGAUCUUUUGAGUUAUUAAUGGAUACGGGUUAAAAAUUGGUGGGUUUUGAGUUAAACUUGGCCUGAAGUCCUUGAGUUGCACAGGCUGAACCUGGCAAGUCUUGGAGAGGAAUUAAAAAUGCUCCAAGGCAGGAGAGUUCACUGGCCACGGGAGAACCUGCUCCUCUGGGGAUGUGCUUAGCCUGGGUUUUAGUGCUGUAAAGCAUCAAGAAAUGGUG